CCGGUGAUGCGCGCAUCGCGCCGAAGUUGCAACCUCGGCAGACUUCGCCGUGCUACGUGCGCGCGAGCAGUGAUACUACUCCAGAUUUCGUGUUGCACCGUUCGGCCACCGUGAUUCGGCCUCAACUCCUUCAGCGAGUUAACGAGAGAUAUAGAUCGAGUGAAAAGGAGUAAACAGUUUUUUCACUGAUGGCUGUCAAGGGGCUGGUCUCGGCAAUCGUUCAAUUUCUCACCGACCAGUUGCAGGAUGGGGACAUAACUGCGGACUCGCGCGAGAGUUUGGAAGUGGCGAUCCAGUGUCUGGAAAGUGCGUACAACGUGCAAGCCUCCGACGCGCCCGCGAAUUUUAAUCUCUAUGAAGUUUAUAAGAAUGUAGUGGACAGUGCGGCGCCAAAUGUAGGGCCGGAGGCUACGCUGGAGGCGAAGGCCGAAGCCGAAAGGCUAAAGAACGAGGGCAACGCGCUCAUGAAGCAAGACAAGCACCACGAAGCGCUGGUCAAUUAUACAAAGGCGAUAGAGUUGGACGGCCGCAAUGCGGUAUAUUACUGCAACAGAGCCGCUGUGCAAAGCAAGCUCGGCAAUCACGCUCUAGCCAUCAAGGAUUGCAACACGGCGCUGUCCAUCGAUCCCUCGUACAGCAAAGCGUACGGCCGAUUAGGUUUAGCGUAUUCCAGUCUGGAGAGGCACAAGGAGGCGAAGGAGAGCUACGAGAAGGCCCUAGCGAUGGAACCGGACAAUGAGAGUUAUCGAAACAACCUACAGCUGGCGGAGGAGAAGCUCGCUCAUCUAGGCGUCAAUCAGACGAUGCCGUCUCUGCCGGGCAUGGACCUCAGCGCCCUGCUGAGCAACCCCGCGCUGAUGAACAUGGCGCGUCAGAUGCUCUCCGAUCCAGCUAUGCAGAAUAUGAUGUGCAAUCUCAUGUCCGGCAACGUGGAGGAGGGUGGUCGCAUGGAAGUGCUCAUAGAGGCGGGUCAACAGUUAGCGCAACAAAUGCAGAACGCGAAUCCCGAGCUGAUCGAGGCGCUGAGGCGGCAAAUGGGCGGCUCAAAUCCGAACGACCCGGAACCGCCGCAACAAAAUUAAAGACACUGACUGACUGUGUGAUAUGUGGGGACGAAGUUGAUGGACACUGCGGCUAAUUUUUCCUUCUCGCUCGUGAUAGACACGGGCUGCGCGAUGUAUCCUAAGAGUUGUUUUCUAAGAGAUGGCAGGUGAUGUGACCAGCAGCAGCAGCUUUGACCGUUUAUUCUAUGUCGUAAAGCGAUACUGAGUGCGUAUCAUAGGGGUUCGUUUCGAUAGAUUAGUCAUCAUUGAUUACUCGUGUGAAAUCGCAUCUACGGGCCUCCGGCUAUUGUACGACUUUUUGAUAGCACGUACGAACGUUGAAAAAUGUUUUUUAAAUGCCGCAACGAUUGGAUGAAUUCUUUUUGCGACAUCCAGUUUACUGUAUUAUUAUUCUGGACUUGGUUUCCUGGAGAUCGUGGUGAUCCGAUUCCCGGAUCACGCAAGCAAAUUUAUGUGACAUUAUUUUCGUCUCAAUGUGCGUAACAUCUUUUUAUAUUAACAUCGUUUAUGAACGCUGAAAACCGUGUCGCGACACUGACAACUGUCGGUCGUGUUACGUUUCAAACAAGCAAAUCUGAAAAUUCAGUCGACGUAAGAGAUAUUGAAUCCUCAUGAUACAGGGCGGGACGAGUCAUUAAUUAUUAGAUUAUGUAUGCGAGAUAUAGAACAUUUCUGACGUUUUCAAUCGUAAAUCGAAAAAACUAUGUUUUAUCAAGGUUUUCAGUCGAACGUUCGCAAUCAGAUUUGUAAUCUUGUACAUCCCAAUUACGCUCGUUCCUUCGUUGCAUUGAAGCAAUACGCCGAUUUAUGAAAAGCAAAAUUGUAAUAAAUUCGAUCAUGAAGAAUAA